AUGCCUUAGACUACUAACAGCAAAAAGAGUAUUGAAAAGAUGCUUUCUCUUUCUAAUUCCAAAGACAAUUUUGAAAUGAAAGAAAUCGAAGUUUAAAAAAAUCAAAAUGACAUUCAAAAGUAAUCCUCAGUGAAUACCAAUAAAAUUGAAGUGUGCCUUGUAAAUUGCGAUAUUUGUCACGAAGAAUUAUCUAAAGAUGAUUAAGUUUCUUUUGAGUGUGGUCACAACUACCACUCGGAGUGCAUAAGAAAAAAUAUCGUUGAGCAAAUAGAUGAUGACUCAUUUCCAGUAAUGUGUCCUCUAGACAAUUGUGAACAAGAGCCCAGCAUGUUCUUGCUUAGUGUAUUGAUAAGUCGUGAAAAAUUUUAAGCCUGUUUAGACUUUGAAACUUCUUUAUGCCCUCUUAUUAACGAGAAUAAUUGCUACAAUUGUGGUCAGAGAUUUUUCAGUGAUUCAGAGGUCGAUCUCCAUAAGUGUUUGAAAUGCAAAGCUGUAAAUUGCCUCUCAUGCCAUUAGGGCUAUCAUCCCAAUUAGCCUUGCAAGAAGGUUGCUAAACAAAAUAAUUAAAGCACAGCUUCAAAUCUUUAGAAAGUCACUGAGCAAAGCGAAAAAACUCCCGCAAAUACAACCCACUUUGACUAAAGAAAGAAUCUCAGCACUAUAAUGAAUUAAUCAGAACAAGCAUAAAUGAAAGAAAUCAGCUAGCGUAUACAAUUUGAAGGACGCAAAAUCUUGCCAGAUUUAGGAAAUAGUGAAAAAAGAAGAUAAAGUCAUUAACCCAAAACAAUUUUGAAUGCUCCAAUAGCUUAACUUUUUUCCAAGGCUUAUAAAUCAAGUAUCUUAAAUCCAAACACUAAUAAUUAUUCUGCUCUCAGCUCAAACCGCGGAUAAAACAAUAUCAUUCUAAGUAAUGCAUAAAAUAGCUCAGCUGUUGCUACAAACUAAUUAAAUGCUUCAUAUAUUAUUAAAAACCACAUAAGUGUAAACUCUUAAUACGGCUCAUAAAACUCUUCCACUAGAAAACCCUCUCUCGAACACCGCUAAUCAUCUAAUAAUUCUAUGGCUAAACAAACCUAGUUAUUAAACACAUCUUAAGUUGUCGUAUAAAAUUCCUAGUUGUAAAACUCAGCCUCUAAAAUUUAAAAGUCUUCAAAUAAUGAUAUCCUCAGCUCUAGUCUUUAUUAACCAGAAGGAACCAAAUUCAAAAGACUUUCUUUGGGAAAAAUAUAAUUGUAAAAUAAAAAUCACAGAAAACAUUCUCCACUCCCCCUAUAAGAAAUAGCCGCUAGAUUUUGA